ACCAGCGAACCGAAAGCAGUCCUCUCUUCUUCGAAAACGCACCCUAUUCCUCCCUAUUUGCAUAUCGCAUUUGUUCUUGAAUCUCAGGGUAUUCUCAAAGCCUCUGAGAGAAUGUUCCAACCAAAGAAGCCUUCAACUAUGAAUUCCCAUGAUAGACCCAUGUGUGUUCAAGGCGACUCUGGUCUGGUUCUCACCACUGACCCAAAGCCUCGACUGCGUUGGACCGUCGAGCUCCACGAACGCUUCGUCGACGCCGUUACGCAGCUCGGAGGACCCGACAAGGCGACUCCGAAAACAAUCAUGAGAGUUAUGGGUGUGAAGGGUCUUACACUUUACCACCUUAAGAGCCAUCUCCAGAAAUUCAGACUUGGAAAGCAACCUCACAAGGAAUUAAACGAUCAAACUAUAAAAGAUGAUCUUCAAAGAAAUGCUGCAUCUUCCUCUGGCAUGAUGGCUCGUAGCAUGAACGAGAUGCAAAUGGAAGUGCAGAGAAGACUUCAUGAGCAACUGGAGGUUCAAAGACACCUUCAAUUAAGGAUUGAGGCUCAAGGAAAGUAUAUGCAGUCCAUGCUGGAAAAGGCUUGUCAAACACUAGCCGGCGAAAACAUGGCUGCCGGAGGCUACAAAGGAAUGGGAAAUCAGGGUAUUCCCGACAUCGGAACGAUGAAAGAUUUAGGUCCUCUCAAUUUUCCACCCUUUCAAGACCUCAACAUUUAUGGGGGCGACCAACUUGAUCUCCAACACAACAUGGAUAGACCGUUGCUUGACGACUUCAUUUCGAUUAACGAUAACUCUUGCCUCGGAAAGAAGAGACCGAGCCCUUAUAGUGGUAGCGGGAAGAGUCCUUUGAUCUGGUCCGAUGAACUCCGACUUCAAGAUUUGGGAACCGCUCCGUCGUGUCUCGGACCUCAAGAUGAUCCUUUUAAAACCGACCAGAUUCAACUCGCAACCCCGAAUACCGAGCUAGACAGUAUAUCGGAGAUUUACGACGCGAAGCCAGUACUUUCCGGAGAUGGCAUAGGCGAAAAGAAGUUUGAAGAGUCGCCUAAGCUGGAGAGGCCGUCGCCAAGGAGGGCACCUCUUCAGGCAGAGAGGAUGAGCCCUAUGAUAAAUAGUGGUAGUAUGUCACAGGGGAGACAUUCAUCAUUUGGAUGAUCAAUUGCUAACACACACGUAUGGCUUAUUAUUAGACUUAAAGGUUAAUUAAUUAUGCUCCCUCCGAGUCUGAU